UUAAGGCGAAAGCUCGGUUACUCGACACACAAAGAUUUCUGCGGAGCCGAGAGCGGGGCAACGGAGGUGAUUUAUUAGCCUGCAAUCUGGUUGCAAAGGGCUGGCCGAGGGCCUGAUAAGCACCCUGAAUGGAGCUUGAUGUCACGCUAGUGUCAAGCUGGUAGCUUCCCAGGGCGGAAAGCGAGGGAGCGUCGACCAAGGAAAGAAAAAGCUUUCUCAGCCUCGCCUCCCUCCCCACCCCGUCGGUCCCCAGCCCCGCCACGACACGCCCUCUGCGCCGGCUGGCUCAACUUUCGGGUCCGGCCGGUGGGAGGAAGGGUCCCGGGGGCGACCGGGCUGCCAAUCCCGCCGGGUCCCGAACCCCGCGAGCAGCAGCGUUGAGCUUCGGCCCCUGGGAAGGGAGGAGCGCCUGUUUGUCCUACCUAAAGCAGAUAUGAAGAGGAUCUACACAGUCAAAGAGAAAAAGUCAGUGUUUAUAGAGGGAGCUGCCUUCUAAAUAGAGAGGAAACUCAUCUACCAAGCUCCCAGUUCUUUCCUGAAAAGCCAAGAAUAUUCGCCAUCGUUCCACCAUAAUGGCUGCACCCAAGACGCUACUGCCAUGUCUUUGGCUUCUUGUACUUCCCAUGAAAGCAUGCUUAGCUCAGGUGACUUCACCACCACCAUCAUCACCACCACCAGGAUGUGGCAAGGACUUGAACUCCAUCUACUACAACCUUUGUGACCUAUCUACAGCCUGGGGCAUUGUGUUAGAAGCUGUGGCCAGCUUUGGUGUUGUGACCAGCUUUGUCCUCACUGUGGUCCUAGUGGCCAGUGUGCCUUUUAUCCAAGAUUACCGGAAGAAGAGCUUAAUAGGGACUCAAGCUUUCUUUCUGUUGGGCACUUUGGGGCUUUUCUGCUUGACCUUUGCCUUCAUUGUCAGGCAAGACUUCUCAACAUGUGCUUCACGACGCUUCCUCUUUGGUGUCCUCUUUGCUAUUUGCUUCUCCUGCCUGGCUGCCCAUACCCUCAGUCUCAAUUUCUUUGCACGGCAGAACACCGGGCCUCGGGGAUGGGUCACUUUUGGCAUGGCUUUGGUCCUCGUCUUGGUUGAGAUCAUAAUCAAUGCUGAGUGGCUCAUUAUUACUGUGGUGAGGAGUGAUGGUACGUCCAAGGAUCCUUGUGAACUGAAGAAUGAGGACUUUGUCAUGGCGCUCAUCUAUGUAAUGUUCCUGCAAGUAGCUACUUUCAUUGCUACUUGGCCUGUCUUGUGUGGACAUUACAAGCACUGGAGAAAGCAUGCUGUCUUCAUCCUCCUCACAACUUCCUUUUCCAUGGCCAUCUGGAUAGUAUGGAUUGUUAUGUAUGUUUAUGGCAACCAGCAGGAACAGAGAUCAACUUGGGAUGACCCCACAUUGGCUAUUGCUCUUGUCUCCAAUGCCUCUGUUUUUGUUUUGUUUUAUGUCAUCCCUGAGAUUUCUCAGGUAAUCAAACCAGGACCAGAACAGGCCUAUGAGGAUGAUGUCUACCCCACACGAGGGGUUGGCUAUGAAACAAUCCUCAAGGAACAGAAAUCCCAAAGCAUGUUCGUGGAGAACAAAGCUUUCUCAAUGGAUGAACCUUCUUCAGCUAAAAAGCCUGUGUCCCCGUACAGCGGAUACAAUGGGCAGCUUCUGACAAGCGUAUAUCAGCCCACAGAGAUGACUUUAAUGCACAAAGGGCCUUUGGAUGCCCCUUAUGAUGUCAUCCUCCCUCGUGCUACAGUCAACAGCCAAGUGAUGGGCAGUGCCAAUUCUACCCUGCGUGCUGAUGAUGCCUAUAUUUCACAGAGUAAGCAAGCGUUGGCUCAGAAAGAUGGAAGGAAUGGGCAGGUGAGUGAAAUGGCAUCAUCUCCAUAUAGCAAGAACAGAUGGUAGAAGUUCUGAGUCCUGAUCUCCACACAUCCUGUUCCUUGGGAAUGCCUUGCAAAGCCUGCCUUCACAAAGAAGCAUCUAACUGGGCAAGGCCUUAGAUAGACAUGGAGAUGUCAUCCUGGGAACUGAGAAAAUUUCAUCCUGGUUGCUGAGGCAAUGCAGUUUCUUCUUCUCAUGCAUAAGCCAAGUGUUCUGCUUGACAUCUGUUACAGUGAAUCUAGGUCACUGGGUCAGGAUGCCACCUCCUCUUCUGUGUUCUGAACAGUGGGACUUCUAUUCUCCUUGAAGCCUUCAGUCAAAUUUAUAAUUCCACCUCUGUUCUGCCAGUACUUUGAGGGCCUCCCUCAUUUUCACCCCACCAAUGAUGGACCACGUUCAGUGUGUUGAAUCUUGUUCAUCUUGUACAAAUAUGGUGUUAUGAGUACUGAGAAGUUCCAAUCUACAAUACACAAUUCAGCCUCUUGAUGGAUGAAUAAAUACCCCCUGCAUCUUCCCAUCUCAUGUCCACUCCCACAAGAGAAUGUUUUGGAAAUUAGAAGCUUAUCACUCCAAUUCUUCUUAAUAGAGGCCAUUUUUAACAGAGAGAAACUGGUCAAAUGCAGCAAGAACUCUUGAACAUUUGAAGUAUGAUACGCUUUCUCCUAAUCCUUCUGCCUUUGGACCAAGCCCUGGAAUGUGACAUCAUAAUGUUCUUGGAAUCCUUAUUGUUUCCUCUUCUAUUGCCCUCUCCCUAUUAUGCAUAAACCAAGUGUUCUGCUUGACACAUGUUACAGUAAAUUAAGGCCACAUACUUUUUAAAAAAUGCUUGGUGUUUUACUUUGAAUGUCUGUGUAUGCAGUGAGAAGGAUCUACUUUAUAUUGUGGUCAGUGUCUAAACAUUCUUGUCCAAUAUGGUGUUGACAACUAACUUGGUGGUUGAACAUGUUGGAAGCAUCAAUGGACAUGAAAGAGGGAAGCUAUAAGUGGAGAUGAACAUUAAAAUGGUACUUUCAUUUUAUGAAGUAUAAAAUGGUGAGAUUUCCAAGACUGCUGUCAGUGACUGUUUUGUCAAAAAGGUUCAUGGCCAAUUGUGCUUUUAGUAUGAAUAAGCCUUCCUUAACCUGAUUUCUCUAGAUCUGAAGGACAACUCUCAUCCUAGCCAAUAUGGGAGUACAAGAUAACUGGAGGGCCCGGAUUGGGAAAAGCUGCAGAACUAUGAAGGAAAGUGGAGGAAUUUAAUUGCAAGGGGAGGCCAGAGGGCUCAGCAGCGCAAGAGGUGUGUGGUAUCCCAUAACUGCACAAACUAUUUCAGUUUGAAAGGAUUAUGCUGUUGAACUGGAAUUUUGCUACAGAAUGGAUGCCAUCAGGCCUAGCACAAGAGCAGCUGGGAGUGGCUGUCUCAGGACAGAAAUGUAAUUGUCUCUUUUUGGCAUUACUCAUCUUGCUUUACCUCGUCCUCAUCAGGUGAGAAUGAGUCACAUCCAGUCAGGAUAUUUUGUUCUGCUGACUUGUCCUUUCUCAUUUUUGUGCUGUUCCUUGGGGGAGGUUCAGGCUCUGGCUGUACUCUGAAAUAACGCAUUUCCCUCUGUGUAGAUUUGUCUCCCAACUGCCUCUGAUGAAAUCGGUUCUGAGAUGCACAGUCUUAAGCCACAAUAAAUCUAUUUUAUAUGCUUUCAGGCCUUUCUGGGGUAUCCCACUUUCUCUUCAUGCCUUUCUGUGCUAGUUCCUGGCUUAUGGCCUGCCUGUCUUUAUGCUGCUAGGUUCAUUGUGUGCCACUUUUCUGUCUGCCUCCUCUUCCCACUUUGGGCAGAAAAGGGGCUGUUUCUCUCUCAUAUGCUGGCAGGAGGAGGAAGCUACCUUGAUAAAAGAAGCAGUGCCUACUUCUCACAUACGGUUUCAUCAGGUCUUCUCCUGGCCUUGUAGACUGGUAUCCUCUGAAGUUAAGCCUACUUUUUUCUUAAGCAUUUUGUGCAGGCGGAUUCUUUUCCAGCCUUCCCCAAACUAGUAAAUGUGCUGGGACAGAGACUCCAGGAACGUUCUUUGGACCGUGUUCGGUUUGGAAAGGCUGUUCUGUACUGUCAGAAGAAGGACCAUACCCUGCCUCUGGAGCCUGUGCUCAGGAAUAGGAAGGACCAAGUUUACACUGACUCAGACCAUGGCUAGCCUUGAAGAAGCUUGCACUGAGUCAUGAUUUCUGCUGAGAAUGUUGUUCUGCACCUUGCUAGGAGAUGCAUCUGCUUCUAGCAUUUGGGUGAAAUAUUCUCUGUUCUGAUAAUGAGAAAUGAUGUAAUCUCCCUCUGCUACAGUAAUGCAAGCUGUGAAUAGAUGGCAGGAAGACUAAGGAGGAAUGUCCCUGACUGUGGUUUCAUCCAGGCGUUCUUUAAACUGGGAUUGGGGAAGUGGUUCUUUUAGGAUUUGGCUUUUUUAAUCCAGAGUUGUCUGACAGAUUAAAUAUUUUUUUUCCUAAAA